CCAAGCCCGACGAGAAGUCGAAAGAUGGCUUCAGGCUGGUCGAAUGUCCCAAGAAGAUGGCUCGUGGCGUCGAAAAGCCGCCUCGCCGUUGCUGAAUCACUCGUCUUGUUCAGGGCCACCGCUAAAUUUAGCACGAGAGCUAAAAGCAAGGAUAGCAUUCAAAACAUCGUCCUUACAACGAAGAGCGAGUCUCUCGCCCGUUUCGUGGCAAAACAUGUUAGCAAGUAUACGAAAGAAUCGGCGUAUCUUUCUGGAUCUGCAGUAAAAAUCCUCACAAGGUUAUCGGAUGCUCCACAAACAAUGUCUUGAUUAGGAAGAAGUCUAACACACCAGACUGAUCGGGCAGAGAAUAGCCGUUUUGUCUCUGGACACUGAGACAAUGCUACCAUCGACGCCAACGGCCAAGCCUCGGACAUCACCGUAUCUAUGUUGAUUUAAAUAUAAAACCUGUUAAAUCUACAAUUAAAAGUGAACUUCAAACCAGGAAGAAUUCUCGAAAGCAUAAUGAGUUUAGAAAGAUGUUUAUUAAAUUGGGUGUUGUGAGUCAAGCAAAGGGUUCAGCUUACAUUGAAAUGGGGCAAACAAAAGUUAUAUGUUCUGCAUUUGAUCCUAGAGAAAUACCAAAUCGAGCAAAUUACAAAACACAAGGAGAACUAUAUUGUAAAUUUAAAUUUGCCAAUUUCUCUUGCUGUAAAAGGAAAGGGCAUCAGCAAAAUUCUGAGGAACAGCAGUAUAGUCAAAUAAUGCAAAGAGCUUUGGAGCCUGCUGUUUGCAGGCAUGAGUUCCCAAAUUUUCAAGUAGAUGUUUAUGCUUUGGUAUUAGAUAAUGGUGGUUCUGCACUGGGAGUGGCAAUCAUGGCUGCAAGUUUAGCCUUAGCAAAUGCAAGUGUACCCAUGUUUGGUAUUGUAACAACUGUUACAGCUGGUAUUUAUGAUGAUUUAGUAAUCUUGGAUCCUACAGAUCAAGAAGAGCAAUUAUGCAUGACUAUAAUGAGAAAAAACAAGCCUGUAAAUCAUGGCAUAGUAAUGCAAGCUAUGCUACCACAACAUGAUCAAAUAUCAGAAUUUUUUUUAAUUGGAAGUAUGAAUUUAAAAUGUAUAAAUUCUUCAAUAGAGACUUUAAACAAAGCUGGCAAUGAAGUUUAUCCUACACUUCAGCAAUCUUUAACAAAAUCAAUAAAGAAAAUGUUUAAAAAAAGAAAAGAAGAAGAUAUAGAAAAAUGAUAUAAUUAUUAAAUAUAUUGUGGUGGACCACAGGGUUGAAGCAUUUUUUCCAUCAAAUUAAACCGUACUCUUGCUUUUGUUUCAUUUUCAGUAAUAGAGAAGAAAUUAAUUAAAUCAUAAUGCCCCAUAUAAGAACUGCAGGAAUCACGAUGUUG